UCUCUCUCUCUCUCUCUCUCUCUCUCUCUCUCUCUCUCUCUCUCUCUCGGGGCAGUUAAGGACUCCGUACAACAAAAGGAUGUUAUGCAUAUAUCUACAAGCAUAUCCCUCUCUCAUCUCACUAUAGGAAUAUCUCACCAUUAAAGUUUCAGCAGACAUUAACAGUGGUUAGUGUGGAACUUGUUAAAAGGAUAAUCAAAUGGAUGAUCGAAUAAGUGUAUUGCCGGAUGAAAUUGUAUGCACCCUGUUAUCCCUCUUGACAAUGAAAGAAGCAGCAAGAACUAGUGUUCUUUCUCACAGAUGGGAAAAUUUGUGGAAGUAUUUCACAGGUAGUCUAGAUUUUGAUGGUUCAAAGACAAUGGAUCGGAUGGAGCAGGAAAUGGAAAUUUCACUUGAGAAUUUUGAAAUGUCACUUAAGACUAUAGAAAUGUCACUUGAGACUGAAAGGGCCAAGUAUAUAAAUUGGGUGAAUAAAGUCUUGAAUUUGCAUCAAGGCCAAGAUAUUGACGGAUUUAGAGUGUGUUUUGAUUUGGAUAAGAAGUCUGCGUGCAUUAUUGACGGAUGGAUAAACUUUGCAAUGGGGAAAAGAGUUAGGCGGCUGGAGUUGGACCUGAUUGAGUGUUCUGCUGUUCGGAUUGGCCAAUCUUAUACUUUUUCAUUGAGCUCGCUUCGUGUUUUAAACGUUAGUUCAUUGACUGCCCUUUGCUUGCGAAAUGUGGACAUGACGGAUGAAGUUCUUGCUCAUUUCUUGUCAAAUUGUCCAUUGAUUGAAGAAUUGUCUUUGAUGGAAUCAGAGUCCCUGGUUAAUAUCAAGAUAGCCAGUGCUCUUAAGUUGAAGCGCUUGGAGCUUAUCAUUUGUAACAGUUUGAAAAACGUUGAGAUUUCAGCUAUAAAUCUGGUCUCAUUUAAGUAUUUUGGGCCUCGUAUAAAUAAUCCUUUUAAGAACGUUCCCCUCCUCUCUGAGGUAUCCAUGGGAGGCUCUCAUUGGGAGCGUGUUGUUUGUGACCCCUUUUCCUCUCUUUCUGGAGUGCUCUAUCAGCUAGAGACGCUCGUACUGCGCCUAGAUUUUGAGUUUUCAGAUAGAGGUUGUUUUACCCGAACAACGUUUCCCGAAUUUCUUAAUCUCAAGAAGGUGGAAUUGCAAGUUACUGCAUAUUCAGAUCAAAGCAUCCUUUGCCUCACUUCCUUGAUAGAUGCAUCUCCUUGCUUGUACAAGCUUGUGUUGAAGUUGCGGUACUCUAGUCGUUGCUUUAGCGAACCAGAUACUGAAGCCGAGGAAUUCGCUGUUUGGCGAAGAGGAAAGCCGAGGGAGGAGGGUAGAAGCAGGAGACUUGAAUGUCUUAAAGUGGUGGAAAUUGCUGGGUGGGUUGGCAAUACAAGUGACACUGAGUUUGCUCUAAAUUUACUUGAGAAUGCUGCAUUGCUUGACAAGAUAAUUAUAGAUCCUAGUCACCCAUCUUUCCUACAACGUAGGGUGUCUACAUGUUGUUGGAAUGCCGAGCCAAAUGUUCUUGCUGGGGCAAGGGAACGUGCCAAACUGCUAGAGACAAAACUGCCCCCAGGGACUGAAUUAGUUAUUGUAUGUUAAUUAUCUGAAUUGUCGUCUAUACACUUGAAACUGUUGUUAGCCAAUGUUGUGAGACUAUUUAUGGUUAGUUUUAUCGGGUUUGUUUCCCA